CGAGAGAGAAGGAGACGCCAUGGAAAGGCUUCUGCAACCAUCAUCUUCUUCCUCCUCAUCAAUUUCUCCUUCCAAAUUCCUUUCAAGGACUUCUCCUUUCCUUCCUCGUCUUCGCUCAUCGAGUCUAGGCUUUGUCUCGACUCAUCGUCCCGAGUCACGCCGAGUCAGCUCAAUUUCCUGCAACAGUUACCAGAACCCAUCAAUGUAUACGUCUAUAGGAUCUAACAAGACUAACAAUUCCUUCAAUGGGUCUCCCCAAUCGGAAGAAUCGAAACCUAAUCCCGGAUUUCUCACACGGAUCGCGACGACGGCUUCUGAGCAGCGAAAGACGUUAUCUACUGGAACUGUCAUACUAAUUUCUGCAGUAGCUGCGCUUUUGCUUAACCCGCUUCUUGCACCACCUGCUUUUGCUAGCUUUCAAACCGCAGCUAAAUCUGGUUGGCUAACAAGUGCGUGGACUGGUUUCCUUGCUGGUUGCUUGCACACGCUCUCAGGACCUGAUCACCUUGCUGCUUUAGCUCCGCUUUCAAUUGGACGCAGCAAAAUGGAAAGUGCUGCUGUUGGAGCUCUCUGGGGAUGUGGGCACGACGCUGGUCAAGUCAUCUUCGGUUUACUGUUUCUGCUACUUAAAGACCGGCUCCACAUCGAAGUAUUACAAACUUGGGGUACAAGAAUUGUGGGAUUGACACUUGUUAUCAUCGGUGCUAUGGGAAUCAAGGAAGCUUCCGAGAUUCCAGAACCUUGUGUUGCCUUAGAAACCGACAUCAGCUUGGUAUCAACAGAGAAAGAAGCCUUACCACUGCCCAAAAAGAAGAAAAUCGGGUUUGCUACAUUUGCAACUGGAGUGGUACACGGGUUGCAACCGGAUGCUCUGAUGAUUGUUUUGCCUGCAUUAGCUCUGCCAUCUCGGUUAGCAGGGUCUGCGUUUCUGAUAAUGUUUCUGGUUGGGACGGUUAUCGCAAUGGGAAGUUACACAGCGUUUAUUGGGUCUUGUAGUGAGGCGUUGAAAGAGAAGGUUCCAAGGAUCACAGAGAAACUAACUUGGGUUUCGUCUCUUGUGGCUAUUGGUCUUGGAUUGGGAAUUGUCAUCAGCCCUUUCUUUGGUUUUAGCCUCUACUGAGAAAGUAAAAGCUUCUUCAGGUA